AUGGCGACUUGGAAGUCCAUCAAAUGUGCUGUGCAGCACGAGAUUGCUAAGCGCAAAGGCUCUCGUUUCAUAUCAGCAGCUUGGCCGUUGUCAGGGCACGGCGAUGCAGCUUCGGACGUGGCAAAACAAGUCAUUGAGACCCACCGCUGUCGAUUUCCAGCUGCCAGCCACCACUGUUACGCCUACACAACGAUGGACGGAAGCAAGCUGUGUUCGGACGACGGGGAGCCGCACGGCACAGCUGGACGUCCGAUUCUAGCCACGUUGCAACGAGCUGAGCUUGUGGACGUUUGUGUCGUGGUCACAAGGAUCUUUGGCGGCGUCAAGCUCGGACCUGGCGGUCUCAUUCGAGCGUAUGGAGCUGCUGCGCAAGGAGUGAUAGAGCAGGCCGAGAUAGUCGAAAAGGUACCGAUGCGAUUGGUGCACGUCCGAGCGGCCUUCUCGUGUGCGAGCAUGGUCCAGCGAACGUGUACGUACUUUGGUGCUGAGAUUGUGUCGCAUGAGUACGCUCAAGAGGCAGCGUUCACGGUUUGCAUUCCUGUCCACAAGAGUGGCGAGUUCAUGCAGUUCCUGCGCACCAAGUCAGUCGGACGCGUGGAAGUAAAGGAGCUGUAA